UCCACCUUCAGACUGCGUAAUUCGGACCCUGCGGCGAAAAGUGCAAAAUGGCAACUCCAAAGCCACUACUAAACAGCGAGGGCCUAGCGUUGACCAACAAGAAGAUCGCCGAGCUCAAGAAGAAGGUUCAGCUGGCUGAGGGUCAAAAGAAGGCCUACACCGAGGAGUGGGCCGAUUCGAGAAAGACCCAAAGCGAGAAGAUUUCCGACCUGAAGAAGGAGGUCCGCGAGCUGACCAAUAAGCUGUCCUACCUGCACAAUCCAAACAGCGCCAAAGCGCAGAAGAAUGUCCAGGAAAUCAAGCGAAGAAUUCAGCUUCCGCCGGGGGCCAAGACGGUGCACGAUGCGCUGCAGAUCGUGGACCUGAAGAUCAUCGAUGUGAACAAGCAAGCGGAUGCGGUAGAGGCAAAGCACAAGAAGCGGGAGAUUUACUACAAGAAACUGCUCGAUCAGUAUCACAUGUUGAUAGGAUACAAACACUCCAAGGCGGAUGGAUCGAACCCACCGGAAACGGUGGAAGAGGACGCCAACAGGAAGCUGAUAACGCACUUGGAGAACGAGAUCCACCGGACUUCGGUUCAGUGGAUGGAGGCGGAGCAUAUCCGGAAGAAGUACCGUGGAAUCAAGCUGUCGCUGAUGAGGGAUGCGGAGAAGUUUGAAAGUUCCUUGCUGGAACUGGAACAGGCCAUUACGGAGCAGCAAGCGGAGAUUACGAAGCUGGAAGCGGUUCACAAGGAAGCCAUGCAGAUGCGGGACAAUACCAAGUCGAUCCUGCAGCGGCAGGAGCAGACGACGCAUUAUGCCAACAAGGCACGGGAGAAACAGGCACUGGACUUCCGGCGGCAGGUCGAGGAACGUAAGCUGGAACUGGAACGGUUGGAGCGGAAGAUUUUCUCCUCCGGGAAGACGAUGGUGCAUCAGGAAAGUGUCCUAUCCGCUUCGGGGGAUCAUUCCGGAGGCAAGGGCGACGGGGAGGAUUCGAGCGGUCACGAUAAGGAAUCGGCAUCGGAGAUGGAGCGGAAGUUCAAGAAGUUGAUGCAUGCCACAGGGGUCAGCGCGGCGAGCGAGGUCGUUGAUCGUUUCCUGGCGCAACGGGAAGCAUCGGCCCGGUUGACGUAUCUUCGCACGGUCACCGAGAACGAGAAGAAACAAUUGGAAGCGCAACGGGAGCUGAUGACGGCCCAAUUGGAUGCGUUCAAGUUUGCCGAUGUCAAGGACAGCGAUGUCAAUCAAGAGGAACUGGAAAAAAUCCGGAACUCGAUCGAGGAACAAAAGGCACGCCGAGAGGAGUGUGAGAAAGCGAUCGAUUAUACCCGGAAUGUGUUUAAUACGAUCAAAGACUCGCUGGUCGAGCUGCUGCUGUCGCUGAGAGAGAUUGACGAAAAUUUGGAUGCGCAGUUUUUGCGCAGCCGGACGCCCACCAAGCAGGUGGACCUGCUGGACAUCACGUCUGGGAACAUUUCCAUGGACGAUCUGGGAAAUAUGCUGGAGGAGAAGAUCAAGCUGGGCAUGAUUGCCAGCGGUCAACUGGCGAACGACGUCGACAGUGGACUAUCCGAGGACGAAGCUGAGCCUCCACCACCGCCGCGACCGGCCAGUGCGCUGCAAAUUCCGGUGACGAGCCCUUCGGUGGGAACCUCGUCGGUGCAGGAGGAACGAGAGAAACCACCGGCGUAUCCACCGGUUUAUGUGAACUUGAUAGCCGGUAGAACGACGGCGCAGAUUUCUUCCGCUUCACCGGGCCCGGGAGCAACGGUUGUCCUGUCGGAUGACGAGGCGGAAGUGCCGUCGCGAAGCUAUCUGAAGCGACAGGCCAAUAUGAUUAUAGAGGCAAAAUCGAGACGGAAGGGCUUCCGGAUGCCUCCGCCGAAACGUCGUUAAGGUUCUGGCAAUU